AAUGGAUAUAUUGGUCCGCCAACGGAAGGGGUGUAUUCAGUAUUGCAACAAAAUAUAAAUAAAAAACUUGUUUUCAAUGUGUUGAUGAAUUAACUCGUGGGACUUUCUGUUGCAUAGCGAACUGAAACUGCUGGACCUCUUUUCACAUAAUGAAAAAGUUGUAUUUCUGUAUACCAUGUCAUAAUGAAUGAUUCAAUAUAAUAGGACAAAAUGUAAUUUAUCAUCCAACCACAGCACAAAACCUCACACUGAGGAUAUGGAUUUGAAAAGGAAAAAAAAGUAUUUUCUUCAAUGUUCAAUGUACGGUUUUAUUUAGCCUAUACCAAAAGCAACGCUAUAAAUUCUUAACUGAAUGAAUAAGUCGGUGAUCUGGAACAUUUCAGAUAAGGUGGGUUAAAUUCGUUCCUUUCGACAUUAGUCCAUCGUUUUUGCGGACUUAAACAGAGACGUAACAUUACGAUAAUAAAUGAACCGUAUUUGCUUGUAUUAUACAUGCCUAUAACAGAAUCAAUUUAUAGUGAGAAGAAUUAUAUAGGUAUCCCCAUCUUGUUCAACAUGAAUAUGUACCGGUCUGCUUCCUUGUCUUUCUCACGGUUUAUCCCGCCCCAGAGUGACAUCACGGAGCAGAAGAGCUUUGCUUCUCACAGGCUCCAGUAACAAAAACAGGCAACAGCUGAAAGCAUUAGCUGUCACAAGAAGUACGUCAACCCUCCUCUGCACGCAUGGAACACGGGCAGUCCGCUGAAAUCUUCUAAAGCCCAAUUUUUAAUGGAGGGUGAAUAGAUUUUGUAUUCCAUAACAUCUACAUGACCGGCUAUCCAAAUUUUAAAAAAUAAGAUAAUAAAAAAAAAACUGUUGAAAAGGGUUCUUGUGUUCCGCAGCUCCUCCUCAGCAGAGGUAAGUUCUUUCAUGUGACUGAAAAGAUCUUGAUCAUGCUGCCGAGUCCAGUUACUUCUACACCAUUCUCUGUCAAAGAUAUACUAAACCUGGAGCAGCAGUCGUCUCUGCAUCUGGAGUACCAGCACGCGCAGCUGCAUCUGGAUUUGGAGUUGCAACAGCAGCAGCAACAUCAUCAAGCGCCUCCCACGUGCAUGCUCGCUGCCGCAGAAAGUCCCAGCUUCUCCGAGGGAGAGGAGAAAAUGUCCUACUUGAAUUCAUUGUCCAUGCAGGAUAGUCAAGACGAAGCCAAUCUCUCCCCGGACAUGUACGUCCAAUCGGCGCUGGGACACACAACCGACCCUCAGUUAGAGGUCGCUAUCGAUGACCACAGAUCCAAAAGCUGCAGGGCUGUCUCCAAGUCUCAGGAAAGCGAGGACGGUAGGCAAUCGGACGUCGAGCGACCCCAGAAACAGCGAACCAGGCGCAAGCCCAGAGUUCUUUUCUCUCAGGCCCAGGUGUUCGAACUGGAGCGGCGAUUCAAGCAGCAAAGAUAUUUGUCUGCGCCCGAGAGGGAACACUUAGCAAGCACUCUAAAGCUGACAUCCACACAGGUCAAAAUAUGGUUCCAAAACCGAAGGUAUAAGUGCAAACGGCAACGUCAAGAUAAAUCGCUGGAAAUGGUCGGAAACACCCAUCCGCCGCCGCCAAGAAGGGUGGCAGUGCCAGUUUUGGUUCGGGACGGCAAACCUUGCUUGGGAGGAUCGCAGAACUUCAACACGCCUUAUACGGUGGGGACGAACCCUUACAGCUACAACGGCUACCCAGCGUAUGCAUACAACGGCCCUGGGUAUAAUAACGGCUACAGUUGUACGUAUUCUAGUAUUCCUUCUCUCCCUCAAAAUACAGCGACUAACGCUUUCAUGAACAUGAACCUCGGCAACAUAGCAAAUAUCGGCACUUCUCCACAGUCUCAAACACACCAAGGAACAACAGUCACCGCCUGUCAAGGAACGCUGCAGGGUAUCCGUGCUUGGUAGCAAUGAUAAUCUAAGGCAAAAUAAACGAACAUAUUUCCCUAGAAGCAGCACCUUCCUGUUGUGACACCAACCGACAAGGAAAUCUAUGUUUGAAAUGGCUGCUACAUCCUGACAGUAUUCCUAAAAAAUAAAUCAAUAAAAAAAUAAAACAUGAUAAAUUCAGGAUAUCACAAUAAGAGGACUUCAGUAGCUUGGGACAAUAGUAAAAGGUGGAAAUCCAAAUGUUUUAUUCCUCUGACCAAUAACUGUUAAAGGUAUGUCAUACCAUUAAUAACUAAAAUAUUACUGAUGACAACCAAAAUAAUCAAAAUCAAACAGAACAGUAUUGUGGUACUCUUCUAUUUUGUGUUUUCCAGAUGAAAACAGUGCAUUUAAAUGUAUAAACCCAAUUGGAGCAUUGUGAUCCACGGAAGUACGGCCAACUGACACCCCCUCCAACAAAAAAAAAUUACUAAACACACACACACACACACACACACAGCGGAUUCUCCACAAACCUAUGCUAGCACAGUGUUCGGGAACAGGUGCAGUCUACAUUUUGAUCAAUUAAACGGAGCGGUGCGUAUAGGGACAUUACCGCAUGUUUCUUAAAAUUGUAAUGGAUGGGGAAAAAAAUUUCAUUUAUAAAGUGAAAAACUGACAUUGUUUUGUUAAUGUUUUAGAAACUAUCUUUGCAUACAGUCAUCAAGAUAAUUCAGAAAUUUUGCAUUUACAAGGACAUUGCAAUAAAUACUGAAGCUGCGAGCAGCCUAAUCCAUUUUGAGUGGAUUAAGAGAAAGUGGAAAGUCUCCAUCUCCGGGCAAUCAUCUCAGUUAUAUUACUAACGACGUCAUCCUACAUUUGCAUAUUUUGCUCAAUAAGAUCAAGCUGAAAAUCCACGAACUACUCUUUCCCACAUUUGUCUUUAGGAAUUAAGUGCUUUCAAAUUGAGGUCGCGUAGCCCAUGUUUUACUGCACAUGGAUACAAUUCGCAUUUUCCUUCGUAUAGCCGCCAUUUUACUCAUUUUAAAAACAUUGGGGGAUAAACUACUUUGAAUAAAAACACAUUUAGGCGUUGGUUACAGCGAAUUAUCUCUUUGUUAGCCUAUCACCAUUUACCAAAAAAGAUCUUGCAGGAUCCAGCUAAAGAGGGCAAUCCAUGAACACUCGAAUGAAUUGUCCGAAUGCCAAACGGUGUGAAAAGAGGAAGUUAUUCUACGUUGGCGAGCUUUGAGGACGCGAUUUGGACCCUUAAAUCCACUGAAAAGAAGCUCUUGGAGUUGGGCUGGAGAGUAUGAAUAAUAGCCUUAUUAGAUUCGUGGACAAAAGGUUUUCGGCAGAAAAGGCCUGGCCCUCAGCAAAAACAAAAAGUCCCGAGAGCUGCAAGAUUGACGUCCUAAAAUAUUCCUAAUUGAGGCAGAGGCUGGGGCAUUAUUUGAAAUGGCUGGAGAGCGGGAGGAUAGCUACAAAAUGUGUUCAGUUUUGUUCCUUUCUUUUUGUGAGCACAGAAAGGGAUUCUGAUUGAGGGGGAAGGGGGUAAGCUCUCCAGCCGAGCUCUUGCAGAGCGGGCGAAGUGGAGGGUAUACAGCGGGAGGUUGUCGUCUGAAAGCAGGGUCAUUAUUGCUACAAGUUGAGCCAUUCGUUUGGGGAAAUGGCGAGUGUAGAAACCGAAUGGGACACCGUGUGAUCCUGAAAAAAAAAAAAAAAAAGAUUGAGGCACACAAUGAACGAGGCCACAACAUGUCCCAAACGAGUACAAAAAUUGCAAUUUAAAAGAAAAAAAAAUUAUAUACACUUUUAAAAUUCGUCUGUUGUUUUAAC